CUUCGUCAUCUACAUGUAGGAUCAAAAAUUACAAUUCUAUGUAGCUCUUCUUUGUGGAAUCGCUGAAAGGAGUCGACAACAGCUUCUAGAGUAUCAGCCAGCCCACUAGUAAUACAGAGCACAGUGUCAUUAUACGCAAUAUCCCUAUGAUGGCUGGGACACUAGCGAUCUUGAUCAACUAUUUGGGCCUCCAGCACUGAUAUCAAUGUGCUAGUAGUGUUGGCGCGGUUUCUAAUCGAUCUCUGCCACUACAGUAUCGACACGAUCGACUUGAGCUUCCCCAGUAAAUCUAGCUGCUAGGCUUGCGACGACAGUCAGCUCCGGGGCUCACAGCGAUCGCAGGCACAGCCAGUCAGAGCAAGUAAAGGCAACCAUGUCGACAGCAGCAGUGGAGGUAGCGUGUCGGGCUGAGGACAAAGUGCGCCUUGCAGCUGCCAUCAAACCAAGUCGAGUCAUCGACUACUUCCGUGACUUUGACCGGCUGCGUUCAGGUCGUGUAUCAAGUGGCCAGUUCCAGCGUUGUCUUAGCCAGCACUUUGCCGUCAAUUUGACCAGUGAAGAGUUCCAGGCGCUGUGUGACAAGUACCGGGCUGCAAAGUCGCAGAAUGUCGACUACGAACGCUUUGCCCAUUGUGUUAAAGGCCCGCAGGAUACAGCACCGAUUGAAGCAAUGUACCCGUCCAAGACCACCCGACAUUCCGUGAAGGAGCGUGACCUGUACAGCGAGAGUGUUGAAGUCUGGGAGAUCCUCAACAGGUGCCAGAAUUUCUUUGAGCAACAUGCCGUCAAUGUCAAAGUGGCCUUUCAGGAAACUGGUUUUGACCGCCACAACCGAGGGUACAUCACAGAUGCCCAGUUUCGACGUGCCUUUCCCGGACCACGCAAUAUGAUAUCGGAGGAGGAGAUUGAGCUGUUGAUAGCGCGUUAUCGCAAUCCUGCCACUAAACUGGUCAACUAUGUGGAAUUCCACAAUGAUGUACAAGCGAUGCAGGAAGCAAGACGUCAGCCAGAGGAGAUAAUAGAGCCCCAAGAAGCCCAGCCACUGGGAUUGUCCAAGGAAGCACAUCUCAGUGAUGUGCUGGCACGUAUCAGAGAUGCAGUGUACCACAACAGGAUUCGCAGCACAGAGUUCUUUGUGGACUACGACCGUCACAAUCAUGGCAUUGUCACUGAUAAUCAGUUCAUCUGUGGCCUGAUGUUAUGCUGUGGAAAACAAGCCCACCUCAACCGACAGGACACACAGCUACUGGUGGAGCACUUCAGGCAGGACGCCGGACGAGUCAACUACCGCCAGUUCUGCCACCUCUUGGAGCACACUUAUAUGAUCCCGGACCUUGACAAGAAACCAACGCAAGUUGUGUAUCGUCCCACUGACGGAGAGUUGGCAAAGACCUUCAACACACUCACAAUCAAUGAAGAGCAAGAUGUUGAAGAGCUCCUGUCGAGGCUGCGUUCUUCAGUGGACAGUCGCCAGCUGAUGACCUAUCCGCUGUUCAAAGACUUUGAUUGGAGUGGUGCAUAUACGCGUGGAAUAACGGCGCCCCAGUUCCGACGUAUGCUCGACUAUGUAUCACUGCAAGUGUCGGAGCCCGAGUUUAAGCUGCUGUGCAGGAAGUACCGCAACGAGCGGAAAGGUGACAUCAACUACACCGCGUUCCUUCAGGCUGUGGAUAGCGGCUACGUGGCUCACGUCGGUGGUGACCGCACAGUUGAUCUGUUCCCACCCAAGCCGCCCAGCACAGCGCACUGGUCCACACGCGGCACACCGUAUAGGUCACCAGCCGCUCGUAGCUUUGAGGAAAUAAUGGCACGGCUCAAAGAUCAUGUGCUGCGCAACCAAGUGCGGGUUACCGAGCACUUUGAGGAUUUUGACCCAAAACGCUCAGGAACAAUGACAUGCGAGCAGUUCAAGCGGUGUCUGGACUCCAUUGGCAUGAGGCCUCUGCUGGUAGCUGAAGCUGAUGUACUUUGUGCAGCAUACGCUGACAAAUCGCGCACAGACCGCAAGUGUGUCCUCUGGAAGAGGUUCCAGCAUGACAUUGAUGAAGUGUUCACACGAAGUGAUCUCCUCCAAAACCCGACAGCGAGCGUUGCUCCAGAGAACCAGUUCAUCAUGCCGCCAGAGGAGUCUCUCACAGUGACCCGUAAGCCGGCCGGUAGACGCACCCAGAGUGCAACGUUUGCAGCGCGAGACAAUCACGUGGAGAAGAGAGCCGAGGACAAGUGGAUAAGCAUUGCCGAGGAGGCCCUGGUUCGCAUGAGAGAACAGGUGUCUCAUCGCAAUCUCUUGCCACGACCAGUGUUCCAGGAUUUCGAUGUGCAUCACCUGGGUCAUAUCACUGCCAGGCAGUUCCGGCAAGGCCUAUCCGCUCUCAACCUAGAGUUCUCCGAAGACGAAGCACAUGCUUUGGAGCUGAAGUAUGGAGACAAACUGGGCAUACAUUUCACGCCGUUUGUGGAAGAGAUAGACCCACCAGCCAAGUAUGUCGAUAAAUACAGGGAACGACUGGACACUAUCAAGUCAUUGCAGGAGCUGAAAGCAUCUCGAAAGCCAAUGAAACCAGCUGUUGCAGCUGUACUCGACAAAAUGCGCACCAAGGUCAUCAAGGACCGCGUGCGUACGUCCGAGUUCAUGCGUGACUUUGAUCGCUUCCGCACUGGCCGCUUCACUCGCAACAUCUUGGCCCAGACCCUGGAUCUGUGCGGCUUCAAUCUCAAACCGGAGGAGAUGGCGGCGCUGCAGGAUUACUAUGCAGAUGAGACUGAUCCCAGCAAAGUGGUGUACACACAGCUAUGUGAGGACAUGGAGGUAGUCUUCACAGAACCAAACUUAGAGAAGACGCCGCUGAAGCGAGUAGAGCAGAUGGAAUUGCGGGACGAGCUCGCUGAGCGGCGCCUGGAGGGCGAUGACAAUGAAGUUCUGGACGAUGCACUGAAAGUGUUAGCCCAGCAGGUGGUUGUUCGUCAUCUGGACCUAUUCCCGCCGUUCGAGGACUUUGACCGUCUGAAAAUCGGCUAUGUCACCCAAGCACAGUUUUUCCGUGUCAUGAAUCAGCUUGGUUUGGCGGGCUGCACUGCCCCGACGUGGUGGGACUUGCUGUUGCGGCGAUUCCGUAUGGACGUCGGCGGCCGGAGAGACUUCAACUACCUGGCCUUUGCUCACACCCUGAACCAGCUGGCUGAUGUCAUACAUGGAGUUCACUAGUUGGCUUGGAGCGGACGAUUUGGUGCAGCAGUCGUGUAGCAAGUAGUCUACUGCUGUGGAGUGUUGAAGUCAACAUUCGUUGUUGAAACAAUCAGUGCUGAUGGGCUCAGUCGGCCGGGCACUUCUGCAUGAAAAGUGUGGGCGGCUGCGAGUCCGAUAUCGAACAUUGUACAAAAAUAGAUCUCUUUAUCUGCAUUGUGUGUACUGUAUGUGUAUGCAAUGCUUCAAGCACAUGCUGCCAUUGAAAGUACCAGUAUAGUGAGGUGAGAAUUCAAUUCAGAAUACGGUUUGCUUAGUAUACUUUGAGAUGCACAAAGGACAAUAGUAAACUCUACAAUGGGCUUUUGCACAAUUAGUGUUCAACUAACUGAUAGUUGUCCUAGCUUGAUGUUACCAGUACUGGAGCUCUCUUGUCACGUAAGUUAGCUAUGUUGAUCAUCAUUAUGCCUUGCUAGCUGCUACCAGUGUAUUCGUGUAUUGCAGGUUUUGCUAGAGCCGUACAGGCAGCAGUAGAGCCUUCUUUGUACGCUCGUAUGCUUGGUAUUGCUUCAAUUUUGGACUGUUUCAUGGAUUAAGGUAUGUCGUGUCCAUGCUUAUUCAUGUAGUUACCUAUGUCGUGUCCAUGCUUAUUCAUGCAGUUACCCAUGAUUACCAUACUAACUAUGUUGUGGUUGCCCAGCUCAAAUAUGCGAUUGUUUUCUUCUUAUACAUGUACAGCUGAAACGUCUCUGUCAACUAUGGCCCACACA